AUGACUACAUUCAAAAUUUUAAACCCAAGCAGGUCUUCUCUUCCAGCUAUGGCUUCCAAGGCUUCAGCAUCAAUUGCCUUUCUUCUUUCCCUCAACCUUCUCUUCUUUACUUUGGUCAGCUCUCAGUCGCCUCCAUCUCCAAUGCCAGUUUCAGCUACCAUCUGCAACCCCGUAAAUUUUUCUGCCUGUGCUACUGUGGUUGGGCGGGUGUUCUUUAAUGCAACCCAACUUUCCAACCCAGGGAGCCAAUGCUGCAGCAACAUUCGUGGUUUGGGUAGAACUGAUCAUCAAGUUGCUGCUUGCCUUUGCAUAGCUCUCCGUACCAAUGCCAUGGGCGUAGAUGACGUUAACGUUAUGGCCAAUGAGCUUAAUACAAAAGAUCACUAA